AUGGAGAACACAACUCUACUGGUUACCCUUGCCUAUCAUAAUUCCAGUGUCAUGAAUGAACAAUUUGUGUGCCAUCAAAACUUACUGUGUGUCUUCUCCAUGGUCAUCAACAGCCUUACCUUCUUAUCUGGGGUCGUUGGAAAUGGGCUAGUCAUUUUCAUCACUGGCUUCUAUAUGAAAAAGACGGUCAACACCAUCUGGUUCCUCAACUUAGCUAUCGCUGAUUUCACCUUCACCUUCUUCCUGCCACUGAACAUUGUCUACCUGGCCCUGGGCUUUCACUGGCCCUUUGGGGAGGCCAUGUGCAAGUUCUGCAGCACCACAGUCUUAGUCAAUCUCCAUGCCAGCGUUUAUUUUCUCAUGAUCAUUAGCGUAGACCGCUGUAUUUCUGUGAGAUACCCCGUGUGGGCUCGGAAUCACCGGACCAUCCGCCUGGCUUCCUUUGUGGCUUUGGGUGUUUGGAUUCUGGCCUUGGCAUUGAGUUCUCCAAAUCUCCAAUUUAGGAAGACCGUGCGUGACAGGGAUAGCGUCUGGUGCCACAGGGAAUUCAGCAGUGACGAGGAACAAGCGAAAACCAUCCACCGUGCCGUGGUGAUCAGCCAGUUUAUCUUAACCUUUGCCGUCCCCUUCAGCGUUAUCGCUGUCUGCUACGGGGUGAUUGUUUUGCAGCUCAAGAGCGAACGCUUAACAAGCAAACCCUUCAAGGUCAUCACCGCAGUUAUUGUGGCCUUUUUUGUCUGCUGGUUCCCAUAUCAUGUUCUCGCUUUCCUUAAGGUUCAGGCCGCCGAGGACCAUACCCUAAGUCCACUAAUCACUGUUGGUGCUCCUUUGAUAUCCAGCCUGGCCUUUGUCAAUAGCUGCCUCAACCCCAUCCUGUAUAUCUUCAUGGGACGUGGGAUCAAGCAAAGGCUGAAACGCUCCAUCCUGUCAAUAUUUGGGAACGCCUUCUCUGAGGAGUUCAGCCAGAGCACAAAACAAGAAAGGAUGACUGAUAGGAGCCAUUGCAAUGUGAAUAUUUCCAGACUAGUGAAUUUUUCACCAAUUUCACAGGGACAGGAGGAAGUGACAUCUAUACAUGGAUAA